AUGUUUAAUGUUGCUGGCAUAAAUUUGCAGAUAAUUUAUCUGGGAAAUGAUUUGAAACCAAUAAAGAGGCGUCUAUUUCUGAAGCAGCUUUCUCACAAACUUACGUUAGAUGAACUUCAAAGACGAAGUGAAAAAACAAUCGGCAUUCCGCUGCAUAUUCAAUCAAAACUGAAAUUAUUUCGUAAUUGUGAAAAUGUAGAAGAAGAUAAAGAGGAAACUUUGGAAACGCCUAGCAAGAGAAGAAG